AUGGCAGUACCGACAACAAUAACAACAUCUACCACUUCUGCAAUACGAGCACUCACCACAACCUUCACACCAGCCGUUUCCUGCCUCACAGAUUUGUACUUGUACCACGUUGUUUCCGGCGGUACGGUAUGGGAUUAUCGUCAACUUGGACCAUCGCCAACCUCGGAUUGCUACCCUCCUAACUUUACACCUACAUCCUCUGCAUAUUAUUCUCCCGGUGUAUGUCCCACGCUGUACUCGAUUGCUUGUUCGAAUGUAGUCAGUAUCGGCACUGUCACAGAGACGCGAGCGACGUGUUGUCCAAGUUGUCAAACAUUUACAGAUGGCUGGCCAUGGUAUUCCACCGAACUUUGCACAUAUGCCGCAACGGGGACAAGCACAUUUCUCUUAACUGAUACUUCUACGAUUUCCACAUCCACCGGUGCGCCGAACUUUAAUGCAUACGGUAUUCAGAUCCGAUGGCAAGAGUCCGAUACUUCUACCCCGAAUGCGGCGAGUGCUACCACGACAGCAUCUUCUCCCUUGUCAACUUCUCCAUCGCCUGUAUCUACCUCUACACCCACACCAACAUCAUCAUCACUAUCCACAGGCGCAAAAGCGGGGAUUGGCAUCGGCGCUGGACUCGGCGCAUUGUUGAUUCUUGCCGGCGUUAUAUUUUUUGGACUUCGCCAUCGUCGUAAUAGAGCUGCCAAGCGGCAAGAAUCUGUGAAUAUGCAUUUCGCGUCGGAUCAAUCACAACAGCAGCAACAGUACUAUGUGGAGGCCGCGGCGGGUGAUGUACGCGGUAAACAACCGUAUCAUGAGUUGUCGGCUCAGUCUAGGGAGAAGGCUCCUGUAGAGCUGAGUUCAGAAUCGUGGAAAUGACGUCGAUUCUGAGAUUGGUGUUGGACAUGCGGUAUGUUACGUUGAAUUGAAUAUUUGCAAUGAUGUAUUAAUGCGCUUAUUGUGGGUGCGCUUCUGCACAUGUGCAUACAACUAGCUUAGUAACCAAUUGGUAGGGUCAUAUUAUUCUUCGAUUGUCUGUCUCUUGUAGCUAUUCGACCUCGACGCGGUAGAUCAUCCCUUCAUGUAGCCUGCGUCACUGAUGUAGGAACGUUGGUUUACUAGAGCGAUGACUAAGCGAAGGCGAGCACUAAACAA